AUGACGGCUAUCUUUCGACGACCAUCAAGUAGCGCACAUCCUCGCAGGGGAUCUUACGGUAUGAGCAGCUCGACCACCACCGCCGCCGCCGCCGCCGCCGCAGAUGGGGAGGUGUGUGUGGACUGUGCACCCACACCCACCGCCACUGCCACUGAACAGCCUGUCGCCUCUGCAGCAGAAGACCCACUGGACGCCCAAACCUUCAUCCCACCUCUCACCCUCUCGCCUCUGCACCUUCCCACGCCACUCGUCACCAUCGAAUUCGGCCUGCGCGCCAACUGGAUGCAGCAAGAACUUCUGUCCACCUUUGCGCCCACCUCGGACUCCGCCGGCAUUGGAGGGGUGCUGCUCGUUCCCAACGCACGCACCGAGGCCGCUGGCCGCUUUCGCGUCUACCUUAUUCACCAAGGCGCGCAGAGGUUGAUUGUGGAUAGGAAAGUGAAUGGAGGCUUUCCCGACGUCAAGGUGGUCAAGCAGAAGAUCAGGGAUGCUAUUAGUCCCAGUAGGGAUCUGGGACACUCCGACAAGCCCAAGGAAUGA